AUGAUGCCGGUCGAGUUUGUUUGUAAGAUUAAGUUCUCAGAGGAAGAGGAGAAGCGGAGAGGCAGAGCGGAUGGAGGAGAGCGCGCGAGUCUGCUGGAGGAGAGCUGUCGCGCGCCGGUGAAGGACCUAGCCGGUUUCGCGAGCUCGUGCUCUCUGCACGGGAUGAAGCACGUGUUCGGCGUGUCGGGCAGCGGCGGUAGCUGCACGAGGCGCGUGCUCUGGGCCGUGGCGCUGCUGGCGUCGCUCGCGCUCUUCUUGUACCAGGCGUCACAGUGCGCCGUGUCGUACCUGCAGCGCGCGCACGUAACGGCGCUGCGCGAGGAAGCCGCGCGAGAGCUGCUCUUCCCGGCUGUGACCAUCUGCAACACAAACCGCUUUCGCUUCUCCGCGCUCACCGACGCAGACAUCUACCACCUGGCCAAUCUGACCGGCCUCCCGCCCAAAAACACUGAGGGCCACCGCGCGGCUGACCUGCAGUAUCCCGCACCGGACAUGCAGGACAUCUUCAACCGAACCGGACACCAGCUGGAGGACAUGCUCAAGAGCUGCAACUUCAGCGGACACAACUGUUCAGCGCGAGACUUCUCUGUGGUCUAUACAAGAUACGGGAAAUGCUACACAUUCAAUGGAAACAAAACGACAUCCAAAAAGACAAAGCAGGGAGGCAUGGGGAAUGGCCUGGAGAUCAUGUUGGACAUCCAGCAAGAUGAAUAUCUGCCCAUCUGGAGAGAAACAAAUGAGACGUCUUUAGAGGCGGGGAUCCGUGUACAGAUCCACAGUCAGGAUGAGCCGCCUUACAUCCACCAGCUCGGCUUUGGCGUCUCGCCGGGAUUCCAGACCUUUGUUUCUUGUCAGGAGCAAAGGUUGACAUAUCUGCCCCAGCCCUGGGGAACCUGUCGCUCGUCAGCUGAUCCCUCUAUCCCGGGUUAUGACUCAUACAGUAUCAGCGCGUGUCAUUUACACUGUGAGACUCAGCUGGUUCUGCAGCAGUGUCAGUGCCGUAUGGUGCACAUGCCAGGAAAUGCAGAAAUCUGCUCUCCUGAGAAACUCAAGUGUGUGGACAAAGCGUUGGAGCUAUUGCAGAAGAGUUCAGGUGAGUUCUCAUGUGCAUGUGAGACUCCCUGUAAUCUGACACGUUACGGAAAAGAGCUUUCCAUGGUAAAGAUUCCCAGUAAAGGUUCUGCACGAUACCUGUCCAGAAAAUACCAUAAAUCAGAGGAUUACAUCAGAGAAAACUUUCUCAUUCUGGACAUUUUCUUCGAAGCUCUGAACUAUGAGACGAUCGAGCAGAAGAAAGCCUACGAUGUUGCUGGGUUAUUAGGUGAUAUCGGAGGACAGAUGGGACUGUUCAUUGGAGCGAGCAUCCUCACCGUCCUCGAGAUUCUAGACUAUAUUUAUGAGGUGAUUAAGUUCAGGUUACAGCGAGUUUUGAGACCACAGAAGGAAGAAAAACGACCACAGCAACAAUCCAGCACUGUAGCUACAGUCAACGUGCAGGACACAAAGACAAAGGAGGCCAGUGAGCAUACGGAGAGAAAUGCAGAGGGUGCAACAUUCACCAAAACCUUCCUCCCAAACCACCACCAUCAUCUGCAUCAUCAUCAUCACCUUAGUCAUCAAAAUGAGGACUUCGCCUGCUGACCAACACUAUGGAUCAUCUCAGUCUCUCUCUCUAUCUCUCUCUCUCUCUCUCUCUCUCUCUCUCUCUCUCUCUGAUCUUCUUUUCACCAGUUAAAGCUCCAGCCAAAGCUCACCUUCUACACCUGUGCUUGGAAUGGACAGUGUGUGUGUGUGUGUGUGUGUGUGUGUGUGUGUGUGUGUGUGUGUGAUAGAUGUCUGGAUGAGAUGUUCUCGAGUGCUGGAGCAGUUUGAGUGCCAGCUCAGGACAUUAAUCAGAGCUUUCUCCAGCUGCUCUCCUUCUCCUCUGUUUUCUCUCUAAGUUUAAGCUGUCCUGUAAAAUUCCCCUUCAGUCACUGGGACACGAUUUGGUCAGUGCUGGACACAAACGUCUUCUCGCUGUAUAACUGAGCGAGUGUGUA